AGAUUGGAUCCACUCGUCAUUUACCGCAUCCGAGUCGGCAUUUUUCCGUUCUGGCCAGAUUCGAUCAACAUCAUCGUCAAAUUUAGCUGUCGAGUGAGUUGAGCCGUCAACGCCAUUGAUUUUUUGGAGCUUUUUCAAUUUUCAAUCUUGGUCUGAGUUCAAAAGGCAAAGCCAAAAGGAGUCGAUAUGCAGACAUUGGGGGAAUUCAAGCUGCCCCAUUUCUUCAAUUACCCACCAUAUUUCACGUAUCACCUCUUACUCAAAUUUUUUCUCCAAUCUCCACUAUCUUAAUUUUUAGUGUGGUUUCUGAUUAUGUGAAAUUUUGUGAUUGAAUUCCGUGCUGGAUCUUUCUUUCAUUCAAUUAAUCACUCGUCGUCUUUUUACUUGCAUUUGUUUCAUUUUUUUCCUACUUCAAUUUAUUGUCAAUUCUCUAUUUUUCACGAUGAAGAUCAGCUUACUGCUAACGUCUCUUCAAAUGCAGAAGCUUGAUUGGAUAAUGCCAUGAAUUAUUUGUUUUGGUAAAAUAGGAUUCUUUUCCCGAGGUUUAUGUUUGGGGGAUGACAGAAAGAGUCUUGCUCCUAUUUAAGAGUUUUAUAUCUACUUCAAGAUUCCCCAAGCCAGCUUGAAAAUAUGUUGGAUCUAAAGCCAAGUUUGCCUAGUUUAUUACAAUUUUCAAUGCUGAGCUGCAGUAGAUUAGUUUGAUCAAGUGAUAGAGAUGAUAAUUAUCCGUGCAAUUUCACAAUCUGAGAUUAUUUUUGGUUCCCAAUUUGAGAAAAGGAUAGAGUUUAUAAUUCGAAAGCAGAUACCAAAUUUUUAUCAUGUUUCUAGGUGAGAUGUUUGAAGUGAACUUUCUUUGCAAAAAAUUUUUCCGACUGGAAAAUGGUCCUGACCUUUUCAGUUUUCACCAAGAACUUGAGCAUUGUUGUACUUCUUAUCUUAAGCUCUCAUAGAACUAGUAACUUGUCAGAUGAGGAACUUUUGUUUGUUGGUAUAUAAUGCUUUCAUACUGCUGUAGUUUGCAGCCAGUUAGAGACACGAGAGAGAAGCAGAUACAGCUCUGGAAGGAGCUCAUACUUGAUUACUCUCGGACUCAAAAACUUUAUGUUGUGGGACUCGAUGAAGAUUUCCCAUUGUUCACCAAUCCAGUGAUUGAAAGAUCUCUAAGUCAUGAAGCUAGGGAGGCAUUUAUGUCAGCCUUAGUUGCUGAAGGACGUGCAGAAUGGUUGGAUAAGAGUCACAGAAAAUGUCUAAUCCUUUGGCAUCGGAUACAAGAUUGGGCUGACUUGAUAAUACGUUUUGUUCAAGAUAAUGGGCUUGAGGAUAGCGUUAUGACAGUUGAGGAAAUACGUUCAGGGGUUGAGUCUCGAGGGACAGAGCUUCAUGGGGUGGACCGUACUAUACUGAUGCGAGCCUUGAAACACCUAGAACACAAAGGGAAGCUUGCAAUCUUCAAAGGGACUUCAUCUGAUGAUGAAGGAAUUAAAUUUUCAAUUUAGACACGUGUUUUUAUUUCCAUGAAUGAAUUAUUGUUGUUUGAGCAUGUUAUAUCUUUGAAAACCUCAAACUUUCAUUUACGUGAAUUCUGGUGACUUUAUGUACAUAUAUUAUCACACAGCCAUUGUUGUAUCGUUUUCAUGUAACUAUUUUAGGCACAAUGCAAUGGUAUGCCCUUUAGGCCUGGGGUAUUUUCAAGACUAAACACUGAUGAAAUUCUUUAGGAUAGUGUGAUUCUCGGAAAAGUUGAGAUUUCAGUUUGAUGGUUG